AAGGCACUACAUGCAAUAUUGCAAGGCAAUGCAAGCAUUGCAAGCAUUGCAAGCAGCAAUAUUAGUUAUAUUACAUAGGCAUCAUGGAUGUAUCUCGGGAAGGAGCAUCAUAUGAUGACACACAUCUCGGAUACACACCUCGGGUAUCUUUGUGGCUGACGCUCUUCCUUAACUCCAUUGAACAUUAAAUCCUUAACAUUGAAUGUUCCGAUGUCAAAGUAUUCGUUAUGUGUUCUAGAAGGCAUUUGUGAUCAACAACCCCAAUUUUAUCGUGUUGCUGAGCUUCAAAUUUUAAUAUUGUUUAUCUUUUUAUAUAUUUGACCACAUCUUCAAUUGUCGCAAUCGAAUCCGCUAAGCACUCGCUCGCUCAUAACUCGGCACUGAGUCACAAUCCUACGGAAGGUUCGGAGACCGAGGAUGAGUAGCGUUCCGGCCAAGGCCUCACUGGAGGAAGCUCCAUUCCCCUUGACAGAUGUAGACAAGUGGAUCUUGUCAUUGACGGAUGAAGAGUACAUAUAUCAUGACUGGGAUGAAAUCAAGAAGGUUAUAGGUGAAAAUAACCUUUCCGUUCUUAAACGAAAGCCUUCUGAUCUAAGACGAUACAUGAAAUGGACCGCUGAAACCAAGGCAGAAUAUGGAUCCAUAACAAAUUAUCUCAUGGAGCACCGACUGCCCAAGACCUGGGGCUCUCCCCCUUUCAAGCCUACAUCACUCAUUCCAUUUCAUGAUCCAUCUGACUAUAGAGUGUUAAUCAACGACUGGCCUUACGGGAUGACGCCGAAUUUGACCCACAUAGUUGUAUGGUCAAGGACAACGAUCGAGACGGACCCAAAAACCGGAGACAUGACCCUCCAAAGUCGCCGUAAUGUGGGAGAUUUUGUGAAGAGAUUCUUCGUAGACAAAUUAGGCCCGGAUGGAGACGACAAGGUCUUGUGGUUUAAGAACUGGGUUGCACUACAAAGUGUAAGAACCUUGGAACAUAUUCAUAUCAUUGUCAGGGAUGUGGAGAAGGAUCUCUUGGAUGAGUGGACGGCAGAGCUUGAUUGCCAUAAAUUACUGAACUGAGAGGCAAGUACGUGUAAACUCAAGUGGGCAAUUCUGAGGUCAA